AUGAUUCCAAUUCCAAUAUUUCCAAUCAUCGGAGGAUACUGUAUUGGUAUAAUGACUAAAACACUUGAAAUAAGCACACAUUUUCAAAUGGUAAUUUGAAAGAAAACUUGCUCAAUUAAACAUCAAAACAUGAUUUUUUUUCAGAUAUUUGCUCUUUGGUGUGUUGGUAAUAUAAACACGUGUAUUUUUGUAAGCUUAUUGAAAAGACAUCAAGUUGUUUCAAAAAUUGAACAAAAACAUUUGAUAAAUGCAAAAUUCUUGAAACUAACUAAAUUAUCAGUUUAUAUUUCACCAUUAUUUGGAACAUUGAUUUAUGCAACAAGUGAACCAUCUGAAAUCAAUAAAACCCUGAUAAUAUCUCAAAAAUAUCCAUUGUACUCAUUUAUUCUGAAAAUUCCUGGAAUUGCAAUUUAUGAUAUCGAUUUUUCAUUGAAUCCUGUGUUUUUCUUUGUCACUUAUUGUAUCAUGGUUGGAUCUUUGAUUUUAUUAACAUCUUAUCAUGUUCUUUAUAUUCAAUUAUUCAUUAUGUUACAAUCGGUAAAACGCAAAAUAUCAGUUCGAACUUAUAAAAAACAUUUCGCCGCAGUUUUAAGCACAGUUUUUCAGGUAUGAAAUUAUUUGACUGUAAUUUAUGAAUUCUGAAAAAGAAAUUACAGAACGUCGUUUUUUUCAUAUUUUAUAUCGUUCCUAUUUUCAUGCUCGCAACUGUUAUUUAUUUUGGAUUCGAUGCUUCAGGUAAAAAAAAACUUUUCAAAAAAAGUAUUCAAAAUUUUACAGUAAUCUGUGUGAUAAUGGUUUGUAUAUUUUCAUUACAUUCAACAGCUACAACAAUUGUAAUGAUUCUAACUUUCCCUGCAUUCCGAAGAUCAAUUUUCGAAACUUUUGAAAUAAUGUUCUGCUAUUCCAAAAAGCCACCAACACCAGUUCCAGUAACUCAUAUGAGCAAGAAUUUCCACUAA